UCCUCGGGUUUUGCGCGUGCCUAUCUUAGCUUGUCGAUGUGACCGGAGUUUCCCUUCCGCUGGCAGGCUGCUGUCAUACAGUUACCAUGUUAUCCCAUUCCCGGUGUCUCACCAGGAACUUUGGCCGUUCCCUCUCUGCCAUCCGCCAGGGGAACAAUGCGUUAGCUCGUCGGGCCACGGCAGCUCCAUCAGUUAGCCAUUCUAUCACUUUCAACAACAAUGUAAAAUCUGAUCCCCGGUCCAGCAUCCUCCAAAUCCAGUACUUCAGGACGUCUGUAGCCUACAGAGAUGAAGUUAUCACAGUUAAGACCCCUGCGUUUGCAGAAUCUGUCACAGAGGGGGACGUGAGGUGGGAGAAAGCUGUUGGAGACACCGUCUUGGAGGAUGAGGUGGUGUGUGAAAUUGAGACUGAUAAGACAUCAGUGCAGGUUCCCUCUCCUGCUACUGGAGUGAUCGAGGAGCUUUUAGUCCCUGAUGGAGGGAAGGUCGAGGGCGGAACUCUGCUCUUUAAGCUUCGGAAAGGAGGCGGUGCUCCCAAAGCUGCAGAAGCUCCAAAAGCAGAGGCCCCGGCCGCUUCAGCCCCCCCAUCCCCUUCUGCUGCUCCUCCUCCACCUCCCCCCUCAGCGUUGGGCCCCAUUCCCACCACUAUGCCCCCUGUGCCACCUGUGCCAACACAUGCUAUGGACAGCAAACCAGUUUCAGCCAUCAAGCCCACUGCUGCUCCAGCUGCACCAGUGGCCCAAGCAGAGGGAGGGGCUAAAGGAGUCAGGACAGAGAGCAGGGUUAAGAUGAACCGCAUGAGACUGAGAAUUGCCCAGAGACUGAAGGAAGCCCAAAACACCUGCGCUAUGUUGACUACAUUUAAUGAGGUCGAUAUGAGCAACAUCACAGAGCUGAGGAAGACUUAUAAAGAUGCCUUCCUGAAAAAGCAUAACUUGAAGUUGGGCUUCAUGUCUGCAUUUGUAAAGGCUGCUGCCUACGCUCUGGCGGACCAACCUGCUGUCAAUGCCGUAAUUGAUGACACAACCAAAGAGAUUGUGUACAGGGACUACGUGGACAUUAGUGUGGCUGUGGCUACACCAAAGGGUCUGGUGGUUCCUGUAAUCCGAAGCGUAGAAGGAAUGAAUUUUGCUGAUAUUGAGAAGGCCAUAAACUUGUUGGGAGAAAAGGCCCGUAAGAAUGAGCUGGCUGUUGAGGACAUGGAUGGAGGAACCUUCACGAUUAGCAACGGUGGCGUGUUUGGGUCCAUGUUCGGCACACCUAUAAUCAAUCCACCGCAGUCUGCUAUUUUAGGCAUGCACGGCAUCUUUGACAGGCCUGUUGCAGUCGGUGGCAAGGUGGAGAUCCGUCCCAUGAUGUAUGUUGCCCUGACGUACGACCAUCGUCUGAUUGAUGGAAGAGAGGCCGUCACCUUCCUGCGCAAGAUCAAGUCAGUGGUGGAGGACCCCAGGGUGCUGCUCCUUGACAUGUGAACCCUUGUGAAGUCCAGGCCCAACCAAACAAACCACCCUACACAAACAGUGGCUGUAUUCACCUGAUGCGUUGAUUAACUAGAUAAAAGGAAUUUUUGGAGAACAGUUGGGUUGUGCAAUGGACAUGUAACAGGUUGGCAGUGGUAAAAGGUUUGGUGCUGUUGUGGAUAAUGUCAGGGUCUGGGGUUUCUGUGGUGCUGGUCUAUAGAUCUACGGAGAAAAAAGAUAUUCUAUUCUAACCCGUGCGGCAAAACAUUUUCAACAUAUUGUGAGAUGAAUGGAAAACAUAGAUAUAAACUGCAUAGUAUCAUUUUAUCAUUUAGGUUGAGAGAAGAACAAUUAGCAGAGGGCCAGAAACCAGGAAAUACUAUGAUCUAAAAUGUCCAAAGUGAAGAAAUCCUCAAUGUAUGUCAUCUGUUUCACAAAAAUAAGAAAACUUCUCUUAAUGUUGUGUAAGAAAGAAUAUUUAAGAAAAAAAAGUUUUAAACAAUAAAAGCUGCAUUGCUCGACUGUA